AUGGAUCAGAAUCUCAAACUUGGAAAUGUAGAGGAUGCUGCAGUAGGUAAGGAAAUGUAUCAGUGUUUGGUAGGAAGACUCAUUUAUCUGUCUCAUACACAACUAGAUAUAGCAUAUGAAGUCUGUGCGAUUAGCCACUUCAUGCAUAGUUGAAAGAAGAUCCAUCUGCAAUACACAACUAGAUAAAGCAUAUGAAGUCUGUGUGAUUAGCCGCUUCAUGCGUAGUUGAAAGAAAAUCCAUCUACUGGCAGCUCACUAAGUGCCAUAUUAUCUCAAAGGGACACCAAGAAAAAAUAUUUCUGUCCAGAAAAAUGGAGGAUUGCUACUUGAGGCACACACAUAUCCAAAUUAUGCAAGGUCAGUGGUUGAUGGGAGAUCAACUAGUGGAUAUUGCACCUUUCUUUGUGGCAGUCUUGUGAUGUAG